CAAUAAAAAUGAGCAUCUUCAGUGCAUCAACCAGUGCAGUGUUUCUUUGAAAUUACACCCCCAUCCUCAUGCUAAAUGGAAUUUAAUAAAACCAUUAUGUGCCGUGGCAGGAGCUUGAAAUAGUCGAAAAUAUCAGAGUAUUUACUUUUGCUAUCAGACCUGUUGGCUGUACUGGAAUACUGGAAACACAAAGUGGAUGCUUUCCGCCAUCCGGUGGUCUUGUGACGCUACUACAAGGGACUGAACUCCAGAGGGCCCCUGUUAAAGGCAGUGUGGAGAUGAAGGGGGUGCAGAGGGUGGAGUUGGGGACCCUGCUGCAGGUCACCCAGGCCUUGGAGGCUGUGGUGGGCCCGUGCUUCGGUCCGUCCGGGGGCCAGGUCCUCUUCACCCGCGACUCUGGAGAGGUCCUCAUCACCAGGGAUGGCCGGAGGAUCCUUACCUCCCUUCGGCUUGACCAUCCCGUUGCCAGAGUCCUGGUGGGAUGUGUAUCAGCACACUGUAAGAUCACGGGUGAUGGAGCCAAGUCCUUCCUUCUCCUGCUGGGGGCGCUUCUGCGGGGUAUCCACGGCGACCAUCUCCACGGCAUUCAGGCCCGCCGCGUGGCUCACAUUCUGCUGUCCUUCCAGACGCUCGUUUUGGAUGGCGUGAUCGGGCAGGGCCUCGCCCCUCGCGCCCUGUCCCUUCUCCAGGACCCCGCCCACCUGCGCCCGCUCACGGACGCCUACUUCCGGGGAAAGACGGCGAGCUCCCACUGGGGGGUCCUGAGCCAGACGGCCUGCGAGUUCUACCGCAGGUGGCGGUGUGAGCAGGACUGCACCGGCGUGACCCUGAUCGCCCGCCACUUCGCGGCGCUCCACACGCCCGUACCAGGCCUGCCUGUGAGCCGGUCCCGGGUCCUCCAGGGCCUGGUGAUGCACAGAGACUUUGCGGUGCGUUGCCCUGGCGACGGGCCGCUCCGAGCGCUGGCCACAAGCGAGCCGCUCCAGUCCCCUCUGGCGCCCCCUGGCGUCUCUCUGAACCUGGCGAGCGCGGCGCAGGCGCAGAGGUGCUGCGGCGGGGUGGGCGGGAGGGCAGAGCGGGGCGUGGCCUGCCUGCGCAGGCUGAGGGUGGGGCUGCUGCUCUCGGCAGCGAAGCAGUCGGAGCUGGCGCUGGACCUCGCUCGGCGGGCCGGCCUGUCCGUGGUGGAGUGCGUGGACAGUGACGAGCUGGCGCUGUUCUGUCGGCUGGCGGGGGCGGAGCUCUUUGCCGACCCCGGUGACUGGAGCCUGAUUGGAGAGGAGCACGUUGCCACGGUGACAUUCUGCAAGCCCGUGGUGCUGGGUCCUGACAGGUUGGCCCACGUGGGCUUCCCAGAGGGGCGGGGCUUGGCACCGCACUGCCUGGUUCUGUGCGGGCCCAGUCCCGGCCUGGCGGAGCAGUGCAGCACGGCCUUCUGCGGACUGUUCCGGAUGCUUCAGCGCGUGUACGAGCCUGUCCAGUCGCGUCACGCACACGGUCCUGUCCAAUCACAUCACCCGCAGGGCAGGGAGGAGGACAGUGAGAACGUAGCUCAUUACAUGGUCAAACAACCCGGCCUACACAAUGGCACAAGGUUAGAUAGAGCACCCGCCAGCAUGAGGGACAAUGCCCACCUGAGCACUGACAGCACAGAGGCUGGAGGGCCACAGGCCAUUAUUGGGGUCCCAAACAGGGGUGAGGGGCUACAGGCCCUCAUUAGGGACUCAAACAGGGGUGAGGGGCCACAGGCCCUCAUUAGCGACCCAAACUGGGGUGAGGGGACACAGGCCCUUAUUAGGGACCCAAACAAGGGUGAGGAGCCACUGUGUGCAGGCCAAAGCCAAAAUCUUGACAGCACAGAGCCCGAAGCAGAACCUGAACAUCCAAUUCCGGACUGGCUACGAAAUGGCAAGGCAUCAGGAGAGCGGCCCGGCGUCCAUUUUGGGGAAGGGAAAGAAGGAGUAUUGGGGACCCGUACCCGAGAAACAGGCCCCGCCUCUUCAGGUGUCCUAAUACAGGCAGGCAGCGUGCUACCAGCAGGGGGCGCGUUUGAGUUCGUACUGCACCACUGCCUCCUGCAGCAGGCCUCCCAGCGGCGCUGCCCCGACCUGCGCGCGGCCUGCCGGCUGGUGGCGGGGGCCAUACUGAGCGUGCCCAGGCGGCUGUACCCCGGCCCACGCUUCCUGGAUGCCCAGUCACACUUCCUCAGGGCCUCUGGGGCUGCCCCCCCCCCCAGCUGGAGGGUUCGGGGGCUGGAGUCCCUGGCCUGUAAAUACCAGCUCCUCCUCUCCGUCCUGCAUACUGCGUCAAGCCUGCUGUCCGUGGACCUCAUCCUUCACACCCACAUCCGCAGCCAGGCGGAACACAGCCAGGAGGAGGAAGAGGAGGCAGAAGAGCAGAAAUGUUCUGUCAAUCCUGUUUUUCAUUAUGCACAAAUUUGAAUGGCUGUAUGUAUUUAUCCAAGUUCCAGGUCCUCCCAUGUGAUAGUAUAUUCAUACCGUAAGUAUGUGAAAUUGGGGUGGCAGGUAUGCCAUCCUGCAAAGUUACGUGUUGGUGAGGUGGCAUGCCCCAUACAUAUACAG